CUUUGGUCUCUAAGCAACAGGUGUGUUUGAUACAGAAGUUUGCACCGCCGUUCCCGACUAAGUCUGCUUUUUUACAGUUAGACGCUCCCUUUGAGCCAAAAUGCCGAACAUCGAGUUAAUGUCAGACCGCAUCGCCAGGAUCAGUCUGGAGAAACGUCGCAACAGAGAGACUGAAAGGCAAGAAAGGAUUUUUAACCAGAAAAUGAGGACAAUCGGUGUCGACAAGGAGGCACUGGACAUACAGGUGAGAGAGAAGAAGAGACUAGAAGAAACUGAAAAAAAGAAACAAAAUGCUUAUGAGGCUGACGUGAUCCAUGGUAGCAAAGUAGCUCGUAUUCUCCAGAACAGAGAAAGGAAGGAGAGGCGUGCUAUUGAAGAGGCCAUAGAGACCUACAGACAUCAGCACCAGCAGCCUUGCAAGCAGCGGGAGUUUGAUCUGAACGACCCAGACCGCUUCAGAAAACUAGAUCAACAUGAUGCACAGAUGAUGCUCCCCGGCCUGGUGGGCGAGGACCUGGAAAGCAGGAGGAGGCAGCAGAGACAGAGGGAGCAGCUCAGAGGGUGGCUCACCCAGCAGCAAACGGAGCAGGCAGCACAAAGACGUCAGCAGAAGUUGGAAAAGCAGAACUAUGACCAAAGCAGAAUAGAAGUGGAAAACAAAGCUGUGGAACUUCAUAGCCUUGAGAUGGAGAAGAGAAAGGAAGAAGCUAUGGCUGCCAAAAACUACAAUCUAUCCCAGGCUGAAGAGAAGCGGCGUCAGGAUGAGGAAUGUAAGAAGUACAGUUUUGACGCCAGAUGUAGUGGGGACAUGGUGGGAGUCCCAGGCCUGAGUCCCAGCAGUGAUCUCAGAGCCCCCCCUGAGAGUCUGCAGCAAGUCAUUCAGUUCCAGAAGAAACAAGUAGAGACGAAGCAGAGGAUGGAGUUAGAGAAAAAGCAAGAGGAGGAGCACUAUGAUCGCAUCCGCUUGGACUCGGCUCGUAGGGCUCUGCUGAGAGAGAGGAUGCAGGCGCGACUGACCGAGCAGCUGAGGCGAGACGUGGACAACGUCAACGUUCAGCUGGCCCAAAUGCACAAACGAGAGAAACCGGACAUUGAAAGAGGACAAAUCGAUGACAGCUUCUUCUCCAAAUUCAACACCUGCAGCAGAUGAAGGAUAGACCUCUAUAGGAUGAGUGAUGCUCCAUGACAGGAACCAAGAAUAAAUUAAACCACGUCGUAAAUGAA